AUGGGACAGGACUCUGUGGCCCUGUGGCUACUCAAGAUCUGCCAGCAGGAUUUGCUCACAACUUUCGUCGCUUUCCUUUCCAUCAUUUCCUUUGGGCACUAUGCAGCUUGUCAUAUCUUAUUCCACCAUGCAACCCCUGAUAAACAAGGGUUAAAGGAGCCACCAUUGGUCCCUUCACAAAUCCCUUUCAUUGGUCACAUAUCGUGGCAGAUGGUGUGGAACCCCCGUCAGUGGGCACUCCAAACAAAGGAGCUAUUCCACCAUGAUCACCCUCGCCAUCCGUCCCCAUUUAGCCUCCAUGGCUUCCUCCUGCAACGCGUGUUCUCUCUUCCACCCAAGGCGCUCGAGAGGUACGAUGAGGAUGACUCAGGCGCCUACCCCAAGCCUAUUAUCCACAGCAAAGUAAAGCCCCACAAUCGGAUUGAAUAUCCCAUGGGAAAACUUCUACAUCGCUUCCUGCUUGGUCCAGGUUUGCUAUCAUUCGCCCAGCGUUUUCAAGCCGAUUACGCCCAGCGAGUACAGCGUCUUGCUGUAGGUAAAGACUGGGUGGAAUGGGACAACUUCAUUACCCUUUACACGCAUGAUCUUACUGCUUCAUUACUGAAUGCGCUCUGCGGGAAAGCUCUGCUCCACCGACAUCCGGAGUUUUUGACUUAUCUGUGGACCGUUGAAAAUAACGUCUGGAAACUGAUGAGUGGUCUACCACGAUUCUUAUUCCCAAAAGUCUAUAGCAACCGCGACAAGGGCCUAGCUGCACUCAAAGACUGGCAUUCCUGGGCGUCUGAGAAAUUUAAUGCAAGUGCUGUUGAUGUGGCUGGGGACGAUCCUAUCUGGGGCUCGAAAUUCUUUAGAGAAAGAAAGGAGCUUUUCAAUAAGGUUGACGGAUUCGAUCAGGAUGCCAUUGCUACUCAUGACUUUGCUUUUAUUUGGGGAGCGACCAACAAUGUUGGCAUCUCAGCUUUCUGGACAACUUACGAAGCCUUUAGAGACCCUGAAAUUCUCUUCCAAGUACGCGAAGAAGCAAAGUCCUGCUUAACUGUCAAUCCAGAUGGUGGUUUGCCUCAAUUUGACGUGAAAAGGCUCGAGGAGCAGCCAAUGUUACAAGCUAUUUAUGCGGAGACGCUUCGACUCAGAAUAGGAGGGUUUCUCGUGCGACAACAGACACAAGAUGAUCUGAAUGUUGAAGGCUGGCGCAUUCCAAAAAACUACUAUAUUCUCACCAAUACAAUGCAAGGGCAUAUGAACCCAGACAUUUGGAGUACCGGUGCGUUUCAAGAUCAUCCUGUUGAAGAAUUCUGGCCAGGGCGAUUUUUGAAAUUGUCUGCGAAUGGGCUAUCGUCUGAGUUCAGUCUUGAGAUGUCCAAAGGCGCCUGGAAUCCCUUUGGUGGUGGCCACCAUGCCUGUCCCGGUCGGAGAUUCGCUAAAACGAUGAACAUAUUCGCAACAGCGUUGAUUGUUCAUACAUUCGACUGUGAAUUUGAUCAUGCAGAUUCCAAAGCUCUGGAAAUGAGUAUGCGAAACUUUGGAUUUGGGAUCGCUGGCCCCAAAGGAAAGGUACCGGUGCGAAUCAGGAGGAGAUAG